AUGGUCAAGAAGUCCCUUGUUGCUGGGCUGGUGCUCCUGCUGGUGGCUGCAUUGGGCUUUUUCCUGGCUGUGUUCCUGGUUGUGGGCAACAAAAGACCCCCCAGCCCCUCCAACCAUUUCUACUCCAAAGCGGCUGUAGCAGCUGACGCUGGGAAGUGCUCCGAGAUCGGAAGGGACGUCCUGAAGCGUAAUGGCUCUGCGGUCGAUGCCUCGAUAGCGGCUCUGCUGUGUGUGGGGCUGCUGAACGCUCACAGCAUGGGUAUCGGAGGAGGCGUUUUCUUCACCAUAUACAGCGCCGCCACAGGGAAGGUGGAGACGAUCGAUGCGAGGGAAACCGCUCCGAUGAACGCCACGGAGGAUAUGUUCGGCAACAACACACAACUGUCUCGGAAAGGGGGUUUGUCCAUUGCUAUUCCCGGAGAGAUCCGUGGCUAUGAGAUGGCUCACCGUCGGCACGGUCGUCUGCCCUGGAAGGAGCUGUUUGAGCCCAGCAUCGAACUGGCACGCAAAGGCUUUCCGAUCGGCAGGGCGCUCGCCAAUGCCAUCGAGAAAAACAAGGAGUCCAUUCAGGGUGACGUGGCGCUGUGUGAAGUAUUUUGUGACUCAAGCAAGAACAUCCUGAAGGAGAACGACAUCAUCCGGUUCCCCAGACUAGCAGACACGUAUGAGAGGAUAGCCGAGGAAGGGCCUGAUGUUUUUUACAAUGGCUCCAUGGCACAGACCAUAGUGGACGACAUCCAAGCUGCAGGUGGCAUCAUAACGCUUGAAGACCUGCUGGAGUAUCAGCCAGUGCUGAAUGAAAGUCCACUGAGGCUGAAUGUUGGGGAAUACACAGUGCACGUCCCUGACGCCCCAUCCAGCGGUCCUGUGCUAGCGCUUAUACUCAACAUUGUGGACGGUUACAAUUUCUCAGACAGAAGUGUGUCGACGGCAGAAAGAAAGACGCUAACGUAUCACCGCAUUGUCGAAGCCUUCCGCUUUGCAUAUGCCAAGAGGAGCAGGCUGGGAGACCCACGCUACCUCAACAUCACUGACCUCAUUCACAACAUGACCUCAGACUACUUCGCCGACAACAUUCGGAGCAAGAUCACCGACGACACCACGCAUCCGGACACCUACUAUGAGCCCGAAUACUUUGCCCCUGAUAACCACGGGACGGCUCACCUGUCCGUCAUCGCAGAGGACGGGAGCGCAGUGGCUGCUACCAGCACCAUCAACCUAUAUUUGGGCUCGAAGGUGAUGUCACGCUCUACGGGCAUCAUCUUUAACGAUGAGAUGGAUGAUUUCAGCUCUCCAUUCAUCACCAAUGGCUUUGGCAUCCCUCCAUCUCCCAACAACUUCAUCCAGCCAGGUAAAAGGCCUCUGUCCUCCAUGUGCCCAACUAUAAUUUUUGACAAACACAACAAAGUCAAAAUGGUUGUUGGAGCUUCAGGUGGGACAAAGAUCACCACGGCAACAGCUCUGGUGAUCCUAAACUCUCUUUUCUUUAACUACGACCUGAAGAAAGCCGUGACCGAACCUAGAGUUCACAAUCAGCUCAGCCCCAACAAGACGGUCGUAGAGCAGAACAUCGAAAAGAGCGUCCUUGAAGGCUUAGCACAGAAAAAUCACAUAACUGAGUUCCUGAGGACUCCGGGUGCAGUGGUGCAGGCAGUCGUCCGGCAGGGUGACAAAAUCUGUGCUGAGUCUGACCCCAGAAAAGGAGGCUAUCCUGCAGGUUACUGA